AUGCAAAGACAAGUCGUGAUGAUUGAUUUGCCAAAAUACAAGGAAAAGGUUGAUAGAUUUGGAGCGGAUCUUGCAAUUAAAGGUUGUAUAGUGAACAAUCCCGACUUUGAUCCGGAUGGUGGGGACUUUUUGGGCGGCUCAACUCCUCAUUUGAAAAAGAUUGCAAUGAGGAUUCUUUCUUUAACUAGUAGCUCAUCGGGUGUGAAAGAAAUUGGAGCACGUUUGAAGCGGUACAUACGAAGAAACGAAAUAGAUUGGAGACAAAUAGAUUGA